AUGACAUUGACAAAUCCCAACUUAGAAGGAUAUAAUAUCGUUCGAAAUUUCUGGAAUUUAUAUUACAAUCCUUCCAAAGGUACUUUCAUAGCGCCCAAGAAAUGCAGUGGAUGCUAUAACAAUGAUAAAUUUGUUAUAUGGGCAGUUUCAGUAGCUGCGCAAGCUGUGGUCGAUGGGUCGCGUAUUUAUCCAAAGGAAUUGGGCCCAUUAGUGCCCAAGGCAAUUGAAAUCUUUCAAAAGUACAAAAAUAACCAUAUCAAAGGCUAUUCUGCAGCAGAAAACCCAGGUAAUGAUAAAGAUAUAUACUACGACGAUGAUGCCCAAGUUGCGAGUGCAAUGUUGACAGCUUAUGAAACGACUCAGAAUAAGAAAUAUUUGGACCAGGGACGUGAGUUGGUUAGAUUUUUAAUGGGUGGAUGGAAUGCAGACUCGAAAGCAAAGACAAAAGGUGGAAUGUGCUGGAAUUUGAACAACCAUUACUUAAAUUCAUGUACUACGGGAAUGACGGCCAAGGCUUGCUUACAGAUAGCAAGACUAAUACCUUCAGAAGCCAAGGUUUAUAUAGACUUCGCUGUAAAAUGUAUUGAUUGGCAAAUUAAAGUGUUACAGGAUCCGGGUGAUAAAUUAAUUAAAGACGGUGUUCAGGACACUUCCACAAGCCCAAAUGAUACAAAGUGGACUUAUAACCUUGGCGUUACAUUGUCUUCAGCAAGUAGAUUGUAUGAUUUAACAAAGGAUUCAAAAUGGAAGAAUAUAGCGACUGAUCUUGCCGAAGCAGGUAUUAAUCGUAAUGUUUUUUUCUAUGAUCGUGAUUACAGCAAUGAUAAAAGAUAUUGGAGAGACUCAUCAUACUUUGUUCAGUUGUUAAUCGAGGGAUUAGCUGAUUAUUUGCUAUUCGUUGGAAAAGAUGCCCCUGGGGACUUGCCCAAAAGGAUUGACGAGGAGAUUAAGAGGCAUCUUGUUAUGUUCUACGAAUAUAUGAGAGAUCCCAAAGAUGGUCUUUAUUUACAAAGCUUUGAGCCUCAUCUCACUUACCGAAAUGUUUAUGACGAGAAGUAUAAGAAAACAUUUGGAGAGAGGAAAGGAUGGUCAUUGAAAAAAGAGGACAAAGACGGAGAGAACCCACAGAAAUGUUUAAUGGGGUGCGGUGCUGCUGCAAGGGUCUUCUUUCAAGGUGCCAGAGCUGUCCCAAAAAUAGAAUAG